AGGUUGGGAGCCGGGCGCUACCAUAACAAUCAUGGCGGCUGCGGAGGAGCUGGAUUCAGAAAUACUGACGGGGUUUCGUCCACCGGGUUGCACGGAGAUAGUGAGAGAUGUCCUGAGAUCGGUCGAGCGAUGUAUUGAGCAGCUCAACCUGAAGGAUAAAGCUGCCGUGGCUUUUGCCGUUGACUGGGAGAAAGUCCAGUGUCUCCGCGAUGAGAAGCCUUCGCGCGUCAGCUCUGCUCUUCAGCAGCACAUCGCAGAUUUACAGCCUCUUCUAGGCCAGCUUCAAACCCUGGCAGCUGGAGAGAGCGAGAGAAAUAAAGCACAUGCCGCAAAACAAGAAUCCAUGGAAAUAGAUAUUUGCGAAAAGACCCUGCCAACUCCAACAUCAAGUGAUAUGGUGAUGGCCCCUGUCUGUUCAGCUGACCCUGCGGUGGUUCAGAUAAAAGCAAAGAAGGCUGAGAUCGACAGAAGGAUAUUGGCAUUCAUCGAGAGAAAGCAAGCAGAGAUCAAUGAAAACAACGUCCGGGAGUUCUGCAACGUUAUUGAUUGUAAUCAAGAAAAUAGCUGUGCAAGAACAGAUGCCGUUUUUACUCCCUACCCUGGACUGAAGAGUCAUAUAAAAGUCUCUAGGGUCGUGAACAUGUAUGGACCUCAAACUCGAAGUGAAAACUCAACCAGAUCGGACCAAAGAAGUAACCCUCUCCACCAUGAAUGUACUAAUCAAGCUGUGGAGGAGAGACUGAAGAACAUGGAAUGCCACCUGCAGUUACAGAAGGGAGGUCCAGUGCCCAAAGACAUUUAUCAGAGAAUAAAAAGGUUAGAGGACAGGAUCCUGGCGUUAGAAGGGAUUUCUCCGGAGUACUUUCAGUCCUUGGACGUUCCCAUUAAAAGAAAAAAGCCCCAGACAUCGCAGAGCUAUUCUUUGGCGGAACUUGAUCAGAAGAUUAACGCACUCAGGCAUUCGUUGCUGCAGAAGGGCGAGAGCUGAAUCCAUGCCAAAGCAGGCGACCUGCUGUCAUGACAUGACCAUGGAUCCGGUUGAAAUUGGCAGACAUGUUACUUAUGGCAUAUUUAGUAAGACAUGACAAUUUGUACACAAAUGAUAAUAAAAGAUAACAAGCAUUGUUUGGUACGGAACAUUUUCCUGUACAGCAUCACACAUAAGCAAUGUCGUUCUGUAUGUAAUUGUAGAUAUACUGUUGUAUAAGGUCUUAGUGUUAUCAGGAUUCUCUGUUUGCAUGAAGUUUUUGCUUAUGUUUAUCUUGUUUUUCUUCUUCAAUUAAGAGAUUGAUAAUUUUCUUAUCUGUCCACUGCACAAAUGUUCUGUCUUAUUUUGGAUUUCUAUUGUUUUUUGUAUAUUAAUUUGUACGUAUACUUCUCUAUAUGUAUUGCAUACAUAAAUAUCUACACCCACCCACA